UUUAUUAUUGGCGGUCAUUUGUUAUCACUUACAUUGUAAAGAAAACAAUAACAUAUGAUUGAUCACUUUACACUCGCUUAAUGGUUAAUGGAGACGUCCAGUUACACAGGACAACUACACAUGUUACUGUGAUAUGUACGGUGAAUUUUAAGUCCAUAUUAACGGAAAGGAUAAUAGACUGUUAACGUAAGUGACGUAAAUAUGUUAUAAUGGCGGCUAAGGCGUUGUUGAAAUAUUUUCGGAUGUAUUCUAGGAAACUGUACUUUACGGAUCCCAGGAAGAAAGACGUGGUUUAGUGAAUCAAUAUUCGUGCCAGUAAGGAAGAUAUCUUCAAAACAUACAACCAUAAACGUUAACCAACUAGACAUAAAUAUGAGACGAACAACAUUAUUAGUAGUUUUGCAACUUUGCUUUGAAACUUUUUCCAUUGUGACCUUAUCCUCCUCUGUUACAUCAGUAAAUACUGCAAAGUCUGUUCCAACCUCAUCUGUAGCCAAAACAUCGAUUGGAACCUCUACAUCAGUGUUACCUGCUUCAAGUAAAAUUUCGUCAAAUUCAACGUCAGCAACAACCUCGUCAGAGAAUGCGACGUCAAGCAAACCUGCACAAGAUAAAACUAUCAUUUCUUCAAUACCUACUUUUGACUUCUCAUUGCCAGACAAGCAACCUACGCCGAAAGUUGUCGAUACUUGUCAUACCAAAGACAUGUGUAAGUCAUUGAAAGGGUUUUGCAGGAGAGGUACGUGCCAUACUAAGAAAUGUUCUAUGGAAAUUUACUGUGUAUGUGAUGAAGGAUUUACAGGACAAAUAUGUGAUAAAAAUAUCACAGAGAUAGAAAUUAAAAAUGGAAAGGGAAAUGGUAACAAUGAAGCAACGUCAACAAAAAGUCCUUCGAAUGAGGAACUAGUCAGUGGAAAAUCAGUCACUUCACCUAAAAGUAAUGAGUUAGUAAACGGUUCAUCAAAUACUACUUCUAUACAUAAAGAAUUACUAAAUGAUACAUUAACAAACACUCCAAAAAACAAAGAUUUAGCAAAUGGUACGUCAACAACCACUCCUAAAACUAAAGUGUUAGUGAAUGGGUAUAUCGAUUAUAACUUGAUAAAGAUUAAAAGUGGCAACUUCGGCAAUGGGAAUAAUAACAGAAAUGAACAUGUAAAUGGUAGUGGUAAAAGCAGAAAAAAUAAUGGUAAAGUUAAAGGAAGUCAGGGUGGAUCAAAAAAUGGAGAUGGAAAAAUUAAGAAAGAUAAAGUCAAUGAGAAAUUGAGUUCAAAUGAAAAGAGAAGUAAUGGAAAUUCCAAGAAAGUUAGUAGAAAGUUGACAAAUGAUAAUAAACUGAUAACUAGUAAUAGUAGCAAAAGCGGCAGCUCCAGUGACAAGAAAAUAAAUCAGAUAAAGAAGGUGAAAGGUAUAUCCUUGAAGAAAUCUACGCACUCCACCGAUGCUCCUAGUAAACAUAUAAAACAUUUAUUUUCUGGGAAAACUGUCCAUGCCGCAAAAGCUACUAAGGUGUCUUCUGACGGUAGUUACCUCAAAGGCCCGGAGGUACAUGUGCCUUCUGAUCAUAGUGUGACUGACAUAAAAACGUCACGAAAUGAAAUAGAUAAAGGGAAACCUUCACUUAUUAACAAACAAGCUGACGUAGUCACUAUAACAGCCACUUCAGUUAAGCAAACACGACUUGGAGUAGCACCAGAAUUGCUUUCUUCCGCUAUUCGCGAUCCCCUUGAAACAGAUAUGAAAAGAAAUAUAAAUGUAGGCACAAAAAGUACAAAACAGACCGAAAAUGUGGGGACGAAAAUUGAAUCUAAAGUUAGCAAAGCCAGUAAAAGAAUUUCUAAAGGAAAAACGGAAAGUAAACCAAAAGAGAAACCUCACUCAGAAAUUGUUUCUGCAAUAGAUAUAGCAAAGACAGACCAGACACUAGUAGCGAAAGAAGCUGGAUCUGUCAGUAUUGCUAACAGUACUGUGAUUGAAGUGAAUCCUGUAUUCGCAAAUUCAGAAAUAAAAAUCACUAUUGAAACUUCAAAUGUUGACAAACUUCUAAAUGGCAAUAACAUCACAGACACAUCCGUUGGUUUAACAAUAAACGACGUCAGUGCCUCAUCGGCAGAUCGACUCGAGAAAAUUGUCAAAAAUAAAGCAGUAGGUGCGCUUGAUAGAACUGCAAACAACGAUCUAAAACAAGGACAAGAGGGAAUAAAAAGUAAACCUGUUCGUAAAGAUUCAACAAAAUUUCAGUCAGAAUCUGUAAAGAAAAGUGACACGACUGUGUCAGCUUUGCAAACGACAACCAGUACGAAUAAAUCUGCUAGGAAAAAGGUUGGUGCUAGUCAAAACUCGGACACGCGGAAAAGUACAACAUCACAGAUGAUAAAUCCCAUCAUGCAGCUCAUGAACAUAUUUCGUUCUCAUAAAUUUGUAGAAAACGUUUCCGCUGUGAAAAUAGAAAUUAUCACAAAACAAAAUAGUUCGGAUGUUCAAAAAUCUUUGUCAAAAGAAAACAUUAAACAAACCAGUAAAACUAUUACUGGUACCAAAGGGAGGGUCACGUGACCCAAGGACUGAAACAUCAUCUGUAACUAUCCGCGUUUUGUUGCUUUUUCGUUGAUAAAUGUUGUUUUUUGCAGUAAAACAUUUUAAUUUUUGUUUUGUUUAUCUAUGACAGUAGGUUACAGGUUUAACAAGCACUGCAGUUUUAUCUUAAUAAAAAUGUAAAUUGUU